AUGCAGUCCACUAGCCACCAGGGUCCAUUCCCAGAUCGGUCUCGAGAACAAACAACCCCUCCAAUGCAGACCAUCUCUAAUGAGAUUCAUGAUCCACCGGGUGCCAACCAGGAAGCUGUAUCCGAGCAUCCUUGGUCACCACGAUUCGAUCGCCGACAGAGCUGGAGCCAGCAGGAUCAGAAGCACCAGAUGCAGGAACGACUGAUGGAGGUUGAGCAGGGCCGGGAGUCUGGGUUUAGCGAGAGUGGUCACUGA